CUCUCGCGCGCGGCGCUGGCCGGGGCGGCGGCGGCGGAGGUGGAGGAGGAGGAGGAAGGCGGCGGUGGCGGCCGCGGCCAGAGAAAAGGGGAGGACGGGGGCGGCGUCGGACUGGAGCCGAGCGGCGGCGCGAGCUGCCCGGGGCGCUGUCGUGAGCUCGCCCGCCGGGCCCCCACCCCCGAGCUACACCCUGCCGUGCCCAGCUCUGCCCGCGUCCGUGCCCCCGCGGGGAGCGCGCCGGGGCUGCCCCCCGAAUGACGGGCGGAAGGUUCGACUUCGACGAUGGCGGCACCUACUGCGGCGGCUGGGAGGAGGGCAAGGCGCACGGGCAUGGCAUCUGCACGGGGCCCAAGGGCCAGGGCGAAUACUCGGGCUCCUGGUCGCACGGCUUCGAGGUGGUCGGAGGCUACACCUGGCCCAGCGGAAACACCUACCAGGGCUACUGGGCGCAGGGCAAGCGGCACGGGCUGGGGGUGGAGACGAAGGGCAAGUGGAUGUACCGGGGGGAGUGGUCACACGGUUUCAAGGGGCGCUACGGGGUCCGGCAGAGCCUGUGCACCCCCGCUCGCUACGAGGGUACCUGGAGUAACGGGCUGCAGGACGGGUACGGCGUGGAGACCUACGGGGACGGAGGUACCUACCAGGGCCAGUGGGCCGGUGGCAUGCGGCACGGCUACGGCGUGCGCCAGAGCGUGCCCUAUGGCAUGGCCACGGUGAUCCGCUCGCCGCUGCGCACGUCGCUGGCUUCGCUGCGCAGCGAGCAGAGCAACGGCAGCGUGCUCCACGACGCCGCGGCCGCCGCCGACAGCCCGGCCGGCACCCGCGGCGGCUUCGUGCUCAACUUCCACGCCGACGCCGAGCUCGCCGGCAAGAAGAAGGGCGGCCUCUUCCGCCGGGGCUCCCUCCUGGGAAGCAUGAAGCUGCGCAAGUCCGAGUCCAAGUCCUCCAUCUCGAGCAAGCGCAGCUCGGUCCGCAGCGACGCGGCCAUGAGCAGGAUCAGCUCCAGCGACGCCAACUCCACGAUCAGCUUCGGCGAUGUAGAUUGUGAUUUUUGCCCGGUGGAGGACCACGUGGACGCCACUACCACGGAAACCUACAUGGGCGAGUGGAAGAACGACAAGCGCACGGGCUUCGGCAUCAGCGAGCGCUCCAAUGGCAUGAAGUACGAAGGCGAGUGGGCGAAUAACAAGAGGCACGGGUACGGCUGCACGGUGUUUCCCGACGGCUCCAAGGAAGAGGGCAAAUACAAAAAUAAUAUUCUGGUCCGUGGAAUAAGGAAGCAGCUUAUACCAAUAAGAAAUACAAAAACUAGGGAGAAAGUGGACAGAGCGAUCGAAGGCGCGCAAAGGGCAGCUGCCAUGGCGAGAACCAAAGUGGAAAUUGCAAAUUCAAGGACCGCGCACGCCAGAGCCAAAGCUGACGCCGCUGACCAGGCCGCACUGGCCGCCCGCCAGGAGUGCGACAUCGCAAGAGCUGUGGCCAAGGAGCUGUCGCCUGACUUCUACCAGCCAGGCCCAGAUUAUAUCAAGCAGAGAUUUCAGGAAGGUGUAGAUGCUAAAGAAAACCCAGAAGAAAAGGUCCCGGAAAAGCCACCUACACCAAAGGAAUCUCCUCACUUUUACCGCAAAGGCACGACCCCCCCAGCGACUCCGGAGCCAAGUCCCAAAAAAGGUCGCUCUCCGUCCCCCAAGCCUGCCAAGAAGCAGAACCCCAGCUUAGGGGCAAGAGACAAAAGGAGCGCAGUCGAGGAGCAGGUGACAGCCAUGGUCAACAAGCCCUUGACGUCCAAGGCCCCCUCGAAGGAGACGGGGGCAGUCGUGCCCCACUCCAAGUACUCUGGCCGCCACCAUGUUCCCAACCCCAGUAACGGGGAGCUGCACUCCCAGUACCACGGCUACUACGUGAAACUGAACGCCCCCCAGCACCCCCCGGAAGACCUGGAGGAGGAAGCAGCGUCGAGCCCGGCUUCCUCGGCGCUGGUGCACAAGCCAUCGCCCAACAAGUGGAGUCCCCCUAAAUCUGUGACAAAACCAGUUGCCAAAGAAAGCAAAGCUGAGCCAAAAGCUAAGAAGUCUGAACUUGCUAUACCAAAGAAUCCAGCAAGCAAUGAUUCGUGCCCUUCUUUGGAAAAAGAAGCCAAUUCAGGCCCUAAUUCAGUUAUGAUCGUCCUCGUCAUGCUGUUGAAUAUCGGGUUGGCCAUUCUUUUUGUUCACUUUCUAACCUGAUUGGAAUUAGGAAAGUGAAGUCAUGACAACUAAUGGUGUUAGCCCACAGUUCUCCGCAGUGGUGUCAUCAGGCCUUUAAAUGGCACACCCCGGGCAGACUCAGACACGGGGAAGGAGGCUUGGAAUUAGGAUGGGAUCGCGAGAGAGAUGAAACUUGGAAAAUGCAGCCAGAGGACCUGUUCGGUACCCCCCCACACCGGGAAUGCUUUGUGGCUUUGGGGUCCUCUGGGAGCUAAAGCAAGCAGCCCAGUGUCGGAGAGCAAAACUUAAUAAUCAUUCUUUUUUAAAAUCUGCUGAAGCAGCCCCAUCGGGCGAAGUUCUUGGCAUUGGCUACUCCAUCUGUCCUAGCGGAGUGUGACUAAACUGGAAAUGUAUGGAGCUGCAUCUUUCUUUCUUUCUUUCUUUUUUUUUUUUUUUUUGAUGGAAGUCAACAGCUGCCUGACUAUUUUACCAUCUGACGUCUUUAGUAGGGAGCUGGGGAAACAAACGGCUGCUGGAGGAAUGCAGUCGGAGGAUUGUGUUGCUGCGGCCGGGCUUCCAGCAUUCACUCCUCUCUCAUUAGAAGAAAUAGGUAGCAGCAUCACUCACCAGUCUUAUGCCAUGACCUGCUGCUUCCCAUCUCCUGGCACGUCCCCGGGAGAAAACGUUUCGUUGGCUUGUGCACGACUAUGUUCAUUUCUGCGGUUGAUUUAAAUCCGAUGUCUAGUCACCUUCAGCAUGCGUGCGGACCUGGCUGGAGGAAGCACAUGUCUCGAGGAAGAGAAACGGGAGAAUUCUAGAGAAAUGUGUUGAUUUUUCAGAGCAAUACAUCCUUCUUCAUGUCGUUGAGUCUUCCUAGACCUGUAAAAGGCUAUUUAUCUUUAAAGUGUUAGCAAAUUUGAAGGUACUCUACCUUCCUAAGAAAUUUAAUUUUAAACAUUUUUAACACUACUGAGACAAUAUAUGUAUGCACUUAGGAGGUGCUCAAUUUUACAAACUGAGAGACAACAGAAUUCUAAGAAGUAUAGUCAAAAUGUUGCAUGCAUUGCAGUAAUCGGUGUUCAAAGGAUUCAGUUUCAUUGCUGACGUACUUUUCCAACCAAAUAAAAUCUUGUCAGUGGCUAUGUUAAUUCCCAUGAAAGUUAAGCAAGAUGCUAUUAAUAACUGCUCUUCUCUUUUUUUUUCUCCCAACUUAAAUUUUUGUUGAAUACAUUCAGGUAGAGCAUAAAGCUUUGUUACAUCAACGCUUCUCGAUUUUAUGCCUUCUGUGUCUUUCAACAAGUCCUUUUUGUAAUUUUAUUUGACAUUUUAAAGGCUUAGACCUUGUUGUUGAAGUGUCUGUCUUUUGCAGUCCUUUGUUAUUCUGACAUAAUCUGAUGAUUUUUUUUUGGCUGUUUUAUAAUUUAUUCUUUAUUACUCAGAAGCAUGCUUAUUUAGGGAAACUACAUGGUCUUUAUAAAAAUAGUUCUUUAAAAAGAAAAUCAGGGGAGGAAAGGUAUCUGUUCAAUCUCUGGAAAACAUUACACAGAGGAGAGGGAGCUAUAAUCCUAAGUAUCUUCAUGAUCUGCAUGGUUUCAUCAGGUUCUUUUGACCUUGUCUGCUACUUUUUCAAUGCAGAAGAGACAGUUCCCAUGUUAGCACAGGUGUGGACUGAAUGCCGAGUCCCCAGUGGUGUUUUUUGCAGAAGUAUAAUACAUUGAGACUCCUGGGUGUGACCAAUGUGGAACAAAGAAGAAAGCAGAAAGAGAGCAAAUGAAAAUUACAACUUGUAUAUUUAUUUUUUACAUUUUGCUUUGACUUUUAAAUUUAGGAAGUACGUUUUUACCCAAGAAACAUUCAAGUUCCUGUGUCAGUCCCAAUACUCACCGCUCCUUCCUUACCCCAUAGCUCUUUACUGCUGGGAAAGCUGAUUUUUUUAAAAAAAUAAAACAAAAUAUUUAAUCUUAAGUGUUUAUUUCAAAUGUGUAAUGCUUUGGAAAUAAUGGGUAACAGAUUAUAAAGGAUAUGUUUAUAAAGUGAGCAUGUUGGUUCCAUUUAUAAAUAUAUGUAUGAUUUAUAAGCUUUUUUAAAACAAAGCUCAAAUUGUGGGUAUUUUUCUAAAAUGUGCACAGCUGUAUUUUACAUGAAAGGCUCUUUCUAAUGGGUUGUUAUACUGUACUCUACAUUUUGGACAGCACAUGAAGUCUGCCAAUGUACUUAAUAAAACAUGACUUUGUUUAUUUAAAGUUUCUUGCUGUGAAAAAGAACUCCCUACCUGUGAGUUCCUUUAUUUAUAAUCCUUGAAACCAAAAUGUAUAAUGUACAGUUUUCACAACUGUAUCUGCUCUAAUAAAAAAAAAAGUUGGUUAUUAA